UGUGCAGCCUUAUCCACACUACACAAAAGUGGCGUAGUGCGCAUGCGCGGUGAUGUAGUGAAGAAGACUGAGCAUUGUCUGAGUCUGAGCUUUGGUUCACUCAGACUAUCAUUUGUGGAGCAGUCAGUGUCCUGUGUUAGUUAGUUCACCAGGUGCCAGGGGAAAAAAAGAUUUAGAGAUACAUAGAAAGUUAUUAUUUGGUCGUGGCAUUGUGUUACCAAGGGUUUGGAUACAUUUCGAGAACUGACGCUAAGAAGGGAAAUCCUCUCGUGACGUCACUCAUCAGCUGAGAAAUGGAUGGAUCGGCUGUCACCCAAGCGAUAAACGAUGGGGUCGUGACCUUCAACCCAGCCGUGAAGCGGUACACCUGCACAGUCUGCGAAGUGCCACUCUCCGGAGGCACUGACGUCGCGAAACAUCUCGAAGGCUCCAAGCAUCGUGAGGCCGGUGCCAGGUACGCCGUCUCGAAGCCGUCCGAAGCACCGCAAUCUCUAAAGGACCUCUUGACGCCCCCCGUGCUCGAGGCGGCCGAGGGUGGAAUGGUGAUCGUCACGCCAAAGAAGGUCUACGAGUGUUGCAUUUGCAGCGUCCAGCUUUCGGGUUUGGUGCCUCUGAAGAGCCACCUGGUGAGCGACGUUCACAAGAAGAAGGUCGUAGCGCAGAGGCUGACGAGCAGCAAAGCUCUUACAUUUGCACCGACUCCUGGCUCUUCAUUAGAAGCCCAGACUUUCCAGAUAGCGCAAAGCCCUCCCAUCUUCAGGGCCACGGCUGCGACGCAAGAGAUUCCGGGCUUCCACGCCCCGUCCGAUGUGCAGGGCUUUUCGGUCGUCCAGACGCCAACUGCGGUGCAGGGCGUCUCCCUUAUCCAGACCCCAACGAAGCUCCAAGACGUGUCCCUCGUUCCAAGUCUUUCGGCAAUCCAGAGCAGCUCAGACUUUAGGACUUCUUCGCCUGCCCCGGGAACCUCGGUCUUCACAACGUCCGCGCCUACAGCCCCGUGGUUCCAAAUCACUAACGAAGAAAUAAAAAAAUAUGCUGCGGCUUUGGGCACAGAACCACCCUCAGGAGGUUUCUCUGCUCCUUCCAAUCAGCCUUCGCAUGCCGAGGAGGAGAGUGAGCUCGAGAAAGCCUUCCGCGAGAUGCUGGUGAUUCAGACGGACAACACUGCUGAACCCUUUUCAUGCAUUGCCUGUCAGAAAAGGUUCAACAGCUCUUACACGCUAUCAGACCAUCUAAAAAGUAAAAAGCAUAAGAAAAAGGAAAUGGAACUAGAUCUACAAAUGCGAAAACAGAGCGAGAAGGAAGAUCCUCCUGUAAACGAGAUGGGGACGAGCCAUGGCAAAAGCAGGAAAAAAUACUCAGUGGUGUCCGUUCCCCGCGGCCACGUCUAUAUCUUCAACAACACCUUCGACGGCCAAGGGAAAAGCCAGCGGACAGGCGCCAAGUUUGACUCUCUGAACAUCCAUGAUACCUUCAGGAAGAUGGGCUACGAUGUCUUUAUCCUUGAAGACCUGUCGAAGGAGCAGACGCUCGAGGCCUUCAAGAAUAUUCGGGGCAACGCCAACCUGAGUGGCGUGGAUGCUUUGAUCAUCUUCAUCCUGAGUCACGGCGUCAACCCUUACACCUUCAAGGCGAACGACGGCCAAGAAAUCUCUCUCCACAAGAUCCGCUUCAGCUUCACCAACCGCGGGUGUCCCUACAUGAAGGGGAAGCCAAAGAUCUUCUUCGCCAACUACUGCCGCGGUGAGCAGAUGGAGAAGCGGGAGGUGGACAGCGUCGAAGUACCCUGCGAUAUGGUCACGAUUCACGCCUCUAUCGAGGGCGUCAUGGCACACAGACUGAAGUCCUCGGGCACGGUGUUUGUCCAGCGCCUCUGCGAAGUGCUGAACAAACACGCCCGUACGAUGGAGCUCAGGGAACUAUACGGAGAACUCGGCGAUCAGAUGAGGCAAAAUAAGGGAACAAGGCCCAUGUGGGAGGAUUAUGGCUUCGAGAGGUUCAGCUUCAACCCUGUCUGAGGCGCUGUGAUGGGCGUAGUUUUCUCCCCCUCGCCCUUUUAUGCGUGGUCUUCUUCCUUUUCAUUAUUAUCUGUUUCCAUCCCGAAUGCCCAGAUGACAGUGGAACUAACAUGUCUAUAAUGUUCAAAAUACAAGGCUUAUAGAGAAGGUGAAACAUAAGCAAUGUUUUUUCAUGUUGAAAUAACGCUUUUCUAGACAUUGUGUUUCAAGCUAUCUAGGAUUUAUAAGGGCUAGACAGUGUCCAGGUGCCCCGGGUGUAUUUUGAAAAACAUGUUUCUAAUUAAUACAGUGAACUGUGAUAUUUUAUAAGUAAUAAAUGGCUAAUCACCAAGCAUAAUAAAUACUUUCUGUAACGCUUAAAGAAUCAUAAUCAUUACCAUUGCCAACGGUAAUUUUCCUACACUAUGUAUUUUUUUUUAUUUGCAGAAAAUAGUUUCCGAUUUUUAGCCAAUCAAUUUUACAAUUGUGAUAUUUUUGGUCGCAUAGUCAUUUUUAACUGAUAUUUUCUCUGAAGGUAACAGUUUAUGCAUAGUAUUGUGAAUACGAAAUACAGUAGUUAUGUAAUAAAUAUUUAUCAAAUUACAAAUUACAA